UCAUACUGCACUUGGAUGUUUUGUUUUGGUUUUGUAACCGCUGUCUCGUCUGCUCGAAUGAGUUCUCGAAUCAGCUGGAUUCUAUGUUUUUCUUUUAGUUUACGUGUUGAUGAAGUAUUUCCCGUGCUUUUACUCAGCUGUGUCCUUCCCGAAAAUGAGCGUUUGUUUAGACGUGUAUUCUGCUCGGUCACGGAGUCCAGACUCUCGUCCCUAGCCCUUCGUUAUCAGGAGCUUGUCAGUCAGUCGUGAUAUAACCUCACUGAUAGGGGACGAACCGUCCCGAGUUUUACAAAAUCAAACAAAUAUGUGUCUCCAAGCGUUGCUCAGCUUUUUCCGGAAAUGGAGGUACUGGAUUCGUCCGGCUGUCAUGACGGUGUACACCAUCGUCAUCGUCAUGCUACUGCCCAUCCUCGUAGUGCGAGUGGUGCAGAAUGGCUUCCAGAAAAGUGAUCAGGGAAUUCUUAUCGGCGGAGUGUUUGUACUAAUGGCUCUACCCAUAGCAUUUUGGCAAAUUACCCAGCAUAUGGUCCACUACACGAAACCCAGGCUGCAAAAGCAUAUAAUUAGAAUACUUUGGAUGGUACCAUUAUAUGCUACAAAUGCUUGGCUUGGCAUGAUUAUACCAGCACAGUCAAUAUAUUUUGAUAGUUUACGAGAGUGCUAUGAAGCUUAUGUGAUUUACAAUUUUAUGAAGUUUCUUUUCAAUUACUUAAAUGAGGAGGAAGUUAAUUUUGUGUCAAACCUGGAACUGAAACCACAAACAAAACACUUCUUUCCGCUGUGUUGCCUUCCUACCUGGGAAAUGGGCAGGGAGCUAGUACACAAUUGUAAGCAUGGAAUUCUACAGUACGCAGUUGUGCGUCCUGUGACCACUGCUAUUUCUUUUAUCUGUGAACUUGCUGAUGUUUACAAAGAAGGCGAAUUUAAAGGAAACUCAGCAUUCCCCUACAUGAUAGCAGUAAAUAACUUUUCUCAGUUUAUAGCCAUGUACUGUUUGGUUUUAUUUUACAAAGCCAACAAAGAGGAAUUAUCGCCUAUGAAGCCCAUAGGAAAAUUUCUGUGUAUAAAAGCUGUUGUGUUCUUCUCCUUUUUCCAAGGAGUCAUUAUAUCUCUGUUGGUAUACACAGGUGUCAUAUCGUCAGUUUUUGGCACAGAAGAUCAAUCUGACGUGAAAGACAUAUCUUCCCGGCUACAGGACUUUUUAAUCUGUAUUGAAAUGUUCCUAGCAGCAGUUGCUCACCAUUACAGUUUUUCAUACAAACCUUAUGUGAAUGAUGCUGCUGAGCACAAGUCAUGCUGUGAUGCUUUCUUAGCUAUGUGGGAUUUGUCUGAUGUUCAUUCAGAUGUAAAGGAACACAUUGGUGUUGUUGGGAGCAGCCUUAGCCGUCAUAUUCGAGGAAGAGGAAUGUACAAGUCACCAAGUGAGGGUACUCGACUUUUGAUGCCUGUGGAAGUAGACUAUGCUCCAGAAGCAACAGAAAAUGUUGUUUAUCAGAGUGCUCCAGGAAGACUCAACGCACUUACUCCAUAUCAAAAUUACAGCAGCUUUGGGGACAGUCAAGAAAGUGGUUCUAUAAGUGGCACUAGUUCAGUAACAAGUCACAAUGAAACAUCUUCUGCUCUCAGUCCAGUCUCCAGAGAAGUAACAACACCAGAGGUAGAUAUCCUCGUUGACUUCACAGAUUUGUCACCAGAUGCGGAAAAAAUGUACCCUGCUCCAUCUUACCCCCAGAGUACUGAGAAAAAGUAAGGAAUGUUUGAAUUCCUUUGUAAUAUUUCAUGAUUGCAGCUGCUUUUUAUGUUGGUUGUUUCUCGACCAAUGUUGAUGUUAUUUUGUAACACCUGUUUUCAAACAGCAUAUAAACAAGGCAUUCUGUGAUACAUUAAAUUGUGUUAAUUGCGGACUAAAUUGAAAUAUUUUUGUACAUUUGAGAUACAAGUAAAUUAGUCAUGUUCUAAAUUUCUGUGUUUUGUGACAACAGGAUUUUGAGCAGUGCUAUGUUUGAGCAAUGAAUAUCCCCAUUCUUGAGCCUCAAUUGACCAGAAUUGUAAUUUUUUAAUGCUUGAAUUUUAUAAAAGAAUCGAGAAUAUUACCGUUUACAGUAAUAUGUUAAAAAUAUUUCUAAUGAACAGUAUCAGGGGUAUACCUCUACUUUUAGUUACAUGAUUAAAGAGCUAAUUAGUUCUUUUUAAUAGAGAGUUUGAGUAUUAUGACUUGAGCAUUAUAUUUUAUGUUAUUUAAUCCUUUAUGUUCAUAGAUGUAAUUUAACUGUGACUUAAAUGCUGUGAUUGAAUUACUCUUUUUUACACUGUUGGCAUAGUUACACUAAGCAAGUGCAACUGAUGUCCUAUGGAAAUAUUUUCCUCAUGAAUGUAGGAAAGUAACUAGACAGCAGAUCUUUAAAACUGUGUGGUUUUGUAUUUUAUAAAUAAAAUUUUUAUGGAGAGAUAUGUGUAGAAAAUGUAGAGUACAUUCUUCUUGAUACCUUUUUAUUGAACUUCCUCAUCUCAGGUCUUUUAAAGCAAUGUAUGUGCAAUGCCCAAUCCGUGCCUUGCAGAAUUGUUUUCCAUUAAUGUAGGUAGAUUUUUGUUGUUGUUCUUUAGGCAAAAGAGUGAACCUAGUUAUUUUAAUGUCAGUUACGGUCUAAUCAUUCCACAUGUACGUAUCUUUUAAGCAAAGCCUAAAGGUAGAGAAAUCAACUCAUAUCUGUUGUAAAAAAAAAAUUUCCUUUCAAGUGUCUCUUAUUAAGUUAUUCAAAUAAGUAGGGACACUGUAAUAAAAUUCUCUUUUGAUAUACUAUCUACCUACUUAUGUUUAUUUGUUGAAGGUAAAUUUGUUGUAAACAGGAGCUCUGUGAUUGAGUUACUUCCCUUUUUGAAAUGACCUGCUUAAUUUGUACUUUGGUGUGUAUUGUAUAGAUGCUCCUCAAACCUUAUCCCAAUAUUUGCCAUCUAUGUAAUUAGUGAUUGGCAUUCUACAGGCUCUUGUCUUGAAGUGUUACGUAGAGUUGUACUGAUUGUGAUAUCCCAUUUCAUCGGAUUAAACUAGUCUUUUAACUACA